AUGGCUGUCCUCAAGCUUUUCGUUGCUGCUCUGCUGGGGAGGGUUUCAUGCUACAGUAUCCCAUGGGGUACAGGAGAUACCGAAACCAUCUCCAAGAGGGCUACUAGCUUCUGGUAUGCCAAUAUGGACCACACAGGCCAGGCUCGCGGCUAUGCGCCGGACCUGGGCGACGACUACAGCUAUCCCGUAUAUAUUGCUGUGAAUCCCGGCGAUGGCCCUGGUAUCGCGAACGCCAUAAAAGACGCGGGAAGUGGUAAUACGCGGCAUUCUCAAUGGUUGGCGUCUCAACCAAGGGUAGUCUAUAUCCCACCUGGGACGUACGAAGUCAGCGAGACCAUUCGUAUGAACACCGAUACUAUUCUCAUGGGUGAUGCCACAAACCCGCCUACAAUCAAAGCUGCAGCCGGUUUCUCGGGAGAGCAAACCCUCCUGUCCGGUCAGGAUCCGGGAACUGGUGGGAGGGGGGAACUUUCCUUUGCGGUUGGGAUUAAAAAUAUAAUACUUGACACUACUAGUAUUCCAGGAGGUAACGAAUUUACUGCACUCGGCUGGGGAGUUGCCCAAGCAGCACAGUUGCAGAAUGUCAGAAUUGUUAUGGCAUCAUCUGUUAACGGCAAGGGACAUACUGGUAUCCAACUUACGAGGGGCUCUACUCUCGGUCUAGCUGACGUUCGAGUCGAACGCGGACAGAACGGGAUUUGGCAUAAUGGUCAUCAGCAAGCCCUUUACAAGAGUAUUUAUUUUCACGAAAACACGGUCGGUAUGCUGAUAAACGGCGGGAAUACUAUUAGCAUUAUCGGCGCGACGUUUGAAACCGUCGGAACCGCAGUUCAGCAUGAUGGCGGUGCCCCGUGGGUUGCACUUAUUGACACAAAAUCCAUCAAUUCCGGCGUAACUUUCAUAACUUCAGGAUACCCAUCAUUCCUAAUCGAGAACCUGGACAAAGAUACUAACUCGGAUAUUGCUCAUGUGCGAGGAGACACAGCACUGGGUCCUAAAAGUCAUGUGGAUAACUAUUCAUAUGGAAACACCGUGAACAGAAAUCCUAUCUACGGCCCCGUGUCCUCAUCAUUGAACCGACCCGCUGCUUUGGCACCGAAUGGCAGGUAUCCAGUUGUCCCCGCUCCCAACUAUGCCAAGAACCCUGUCUCGGACUUUAUCAACGUGAAAGACUCGGCCCAAAACGGCGGUCACAAAGUACUGGGAGACAACAGUGUGGACGAGUCGGGGGUGCUUAACCAAGUAUUACAACAUGCAGCAGAUAAUAACAAGAUUGCUUAUUUCCCAUUCGGCAAGUAUAGAGUAGACGAUACAUUAAUCAUCCCGAAAGGCUCGCGUAUUGUUGGCGAAGCUUGGGCGACGAUCACUGGUAACGGCGCCAAGUUCAAGGACUCGGCUAAUCCGAGACCGGUUGUCUCUGUCGGCAAAAAUGGCGACGUUGGAACGGCUCAGAUCCAAGACAUGCGGUUCACUGUCUCCGAUGUCCUUCCUGGUGCCAUCAUUCUACAAUUUAACAUUGCAGGCUCGUCUCCCGGGGACGUGGCCUUGUGGAACUCGCUAAUUACCGUCGGUGGCACGCUCGGAGCGUCUGCGCUUGCUAACGCUUGCGGCGAUCCGAGUCACGAAUGUCAGGCGGCAUUCCUUGGAUUACAUUUCACUUCUGGCUCAUCGGUGUACGUUGAAAAUGUAUGGAAUUGGGUUGCCGACCACUUCACCGAGGGGAGCGGCGGUUGCAAUAUAGCUGCGAAAGGCGGCGCUCUUGUCGAGUCUACCAAAGGCACCUGGCUCCACGCGCUCGGCAGUGAACAUUGGUGGCUAUAUCAGCUCAACUUGCGGAACGCGAAAAACGUCAUGGUUAGCUUGCUGCAGUCGGAAACGAACUAUGACCAGGGCGAUAACGUUCAGCAAACACCGCCAGCUCCCUGGACAGCGGAUGUGAAGAACUGGGGAGACCCGGAUUUCUCAUGGUGUAGUGGUGGAGAUACUAGAUGUCGAAUGGGGUUCGCAAACUACAUCCAAGGCGGCUCCGAUAUAUACACGUACGCAUCCGCAUCCUGGGCCUUCUUUAGCGGCCCGUCCAACCAGGGAUGUUCGGGAGAUUGCCAGGACUACAUGCAUUGGAUUGCCCAGACACCCGCAAACCUCAAGGCAUACGGCAUAUGCUCCAAGAGCACUCGGACGGCUCUCCGUCUCGGGGACGGAACCAACAUCCUCACACAGCCAGAUUUCACAGGGUCCUGGGGAAGUUUGGUGGCCCGUUACACGUCGUAA